AUGUAUAUUCAUUACACGUUAGGAGCCAUUUUUAUUGUAUUUAUUUUGUGCGUUCAUUGUGAUAAUGUUGAUACUAACAACGAAAUCUUGGAAAUUUAUGUUCCGUCCGCUCCACAAAACCUCACAGCAAACAGAAUCUCAGCCGACGAGAUACAUUUAUUAUGGACCCCGCCCGCCAAUUAUACGACGGUACGCCUCAGAUCGAAUCCCACUGAAAUUAUCGUCGACAAACAAAAUUCUAAACCAGAACCAGGUCUUGCAGUGAUACCAGUGAAGGAAACUCAAGCGGACGAACCAAUUCGUGACAUCGUUAGGGACGAUCGUUUGAUAAUAGACACACCAACAAACCAAGACGGAUUAAAAGAUGUUGAUUACACAUAUAAUUUGUAUAAAAAUGAAAAGCAAAAGUAUAACGAUGACUUCACAGAUUCUGACGUACUAGCUGACGGUGCGUAUGUGAGACGAAAUAAAAGAGAUAUAAGAUCUCACAGGCAUAGAAAAAGACGUCAGGACAAUGUAACUGACACAAAAUUGCAUUUAGAGAGAAAUUUUGGGGAGGAAACGCAUCAAGCCUUCGAAUUGCCUAUUGAAGUGGUUAAAAAGUCACUAAAUGUUAUUCCACCUAGAGAAGAUGUGACUCAGAUUGCGUACGUGUUGUAUUAUGAGGAAGGGGUGACGAUAAAGAAAGCCCCGAGCGACUUAACUGUGGUCUCUGGAGUGCAAACAUCUGACGAAAUAAAGAGUAGGAACGUGUUUAGAAGUGAUUUAGGAAUGCAGGAUAGUUUGAAUUCAACGAGAAAUUUGACAUUGUUGAACAAGUCUGGCCAGUCAAAAACUAUGGUUGUAGGAUUCACAUUGCGAAAUUUAAAACCAUUCACGCCAUACAAGAUCUGGGUGUGUGCAUUCUACAACAUCCCAUUAACAGGACUGAUGUCGUCCGAUCUUCUGAAUCGUCUCGGACCACAGUCUCAGCCUCUCUACGUUUUGACCGAUGUAAAACCGCCUUCAGCACCAAUUAUACUUAAUUUGACAUGUGAUCAACCCAAUGGACUCCUCUACCUCCAAUGGCGCCAGCCCCUAGAGUACAAUAACUCGCUCGACCAGUACGUGGUCACCCUAAGGAAGAUCCCCGAACAGCUGCCGUGGACGAGUCUCACAUUGCCCACUAAUAAAGACGAAAUCGAAACCACUAUUAGUCUUAAAGUGGAGCUGUGGAAUGUGACCAGGUAUGAGGUGAAGGUGUACGCGGUUACGCUGUCCAUCGCGCGGCCCAACACACUCAUCAACGGCUCUGAGUCACCUAAGGAAGUGUCGAGUGAGCAGUGCGCGGUGCGGCCGCAGGCGAUGUCGCCGGGGGACGUGUCGCGCCUCAAGCGCGCCGGCAACUCCACGGUGGCGCUUCUGGCCGCCGCCCUGCUCACUAUACUCGCGGCCGUGAGCGCCGGCCUGGUGUAUUGGAGAUGCAGAUCUCGUGUCAGUAAAUGUAUCAGCGCGGCCUACAAUUACUUGGAGGAAGGCGGGGAGAGGGCGGCCCGCGCGCCUCUCAACACGUACAAGAAGCCUGUAGUGAACUGCUCGCCGCUGGUGGCGUGCGGGGGCAACGCGGCGGGCGAGGGCGCGGCGCGGCCGCCGCGCAUGGCGGGCGCGGCGCACCCGCUGGUGCGCGCGCGGUGCUUCCCCGCGCACGUCGCUGCUUUGCACGCUGAUGGGGAUAUUGGCUUUAGCAAAGAAUAUGAAAUAGUAGUGGCUAAGUCAGCGGCUCUAGGUCAUACCAGCCAUCAUAGCUACAGACCAGAAAACAGACUCAAGAAUCGAUAUUUGAAUAUAACUGCAUACGACCACUCGCGCGUGUGCGUGUCAGCGGGCGGGCGCUGCGGCGCGGCGGGCUGCGUGGGCGCGGGCCGCGGCGCCGCCUGCGAUUACGUCAAUGCCAACUUCAUAGACGGCAUGCUGCCUGCGCUCUCCGCCCGCGCCGCGCGCCGCAUCGAGCGCCGGCUGGAGAGGCGGGCCAGGCCGAAUAGACGGCAUACUGCCCGCGCCGCGCGCAUUAUCGAUCGACGCCUGAAGAGACAACCUUCAGUAAAGGCUAUAAAACCUCCACCUAACUUAGCCGAAGGCAUCGAGUCAGCUUUUCUCAAUAUCGAAUUCUCUGGUAUCGUGGAAUCUGAAGACCAGGCAGAGGAUUCUGACAGCGAAAGGAGUGACGAUGACUCUGAGUUGGAUGAUGUUUAUGUGGAAAUUAACGGCAGCCCGCGCCAGAUUAAGCUGGAGUGGGCGGUGUGGCGACGACGCUACAUCGCCACGCAGGGACCCACGCCCGCCACGCUCGACGCGUUCUGGCGCAUGAUAUGGCAGCACCGCGUGCACACGCUCGUCAUGAUCACCAACCUCGUGGAGCGCGGGCGGCGGAAAUGUGACAUGUACUGGCCGGCGGGCGGCCGCGGUAGCUCCACGGAGUUUGGUGGCAUACACGUCACGCUCCUGUACGAGGAUGUCCGGGCCGCCUAUACUGUGAGACACUUGCGCGUGCGCAGUACUACGCAAAUUGGAAGCGAGCCGUGCAGCACUAGCAGCUCGAGCGGUUCGAGCACGGGCAGCGGCGGCGGCGGGGGCGGCGGGAGCGCGGGCGCGGACGCGGCGCGUCACGUGGUGCAGUACCACUACACGGUGUGGCCCGACCACGGCACGCCGCGCCACCCGCUCGCCGUGCUGCCCUUCGUGCGCGCCGCCGCCGACCCCGGCACCGUGCUGGUGCACUGCAGCGCCGGUGUGGGCAGAACAGGGACUUACAUAGUGAUAGACGCACAAUUGAAUCAACUCAAACUGACCGGUACCUUAUCCCCACUCGGCUUCCUCUGCAGAGCGCGCACACAAAGAAACCACCUCGUACAGACAGAAGAACAGUACGUAUUCGUACACGACGCCCUACUAGAAUACGUUCGCUCUGGCAACACCGAAGUCGAAUUCACUAAAGCCAGGCAAUACCUAGCGAAGCUUCUGGAACCAAUAUCUGAUGAUGAACUGGCCGUAAUGGAUGUAAACCCACCGAAACAGAAAAGCAUUAAUGACCUAACUAACGGACUAGACAAUGACGUCACAAGCGUCCAAUCAAACGACUGCAGUGACCAAAUAGUAGAAAAUGGCAGCCAAUUGUCGAUAAAAACUGUAGAUUUGGCAAGUGAAUCUAUGGAAAAGGUGUCGGAGAAUCAGGAAAAGGAUGGUUUGGUUAAUGGGGAUGAUAUGGAGGGUGUAUACGAUUUGGCCCCGAGGUCGACGGAUACGUACAACAAGAAAAUGCAGGCGUACAAUAAUAUGAAUGAACAGGAGAAGGAGGAGAUGAGAAGAGCAAAUCGUGCAGAAAAUUACGCGCUACUAGAGCGUAUGCGGUCGUUGUCGAACAGGCAUCAAGUGUGCCAGGGACCGCCGCCCGUCAACUUGCUAGAGAAACAAUUCCAAUUAAUAACGCGGUCGUGCGUAGAGUCGAGCGUGUGUGCGCGCGCGCCGCACAAUGCAGACAAGAACCGUCCCGGCGGCAUCCUGCCCUCCGACUCCGCCAGAGUAAUGCUCGUGCCGAAACCGGGGGUUGAAGGUAGCGAAUAUGUGAACGCGAGCUGGGUGUGCGGGCGGCGGCGGCUGCGCGAGUACGCGGUGGCGCAGCACCCGGCCGCCGCGCCCGAGCUGUGGCGCCUGCUGUGGGACCACACCGCGCAGCUCGUGCUGUUGCUGCACCAGCCGGGGGACCCGGACUGUGACGUAUUUUGGCCAACAGAAGACGAAAAAGAAUUAUUUGUAGCAAAUUUUCGUGCGAGUUUCGUUUCUAAAGACACGUAUGUGGCGUACAGAAGGUCAGAAAGAAAAGCACACAGCGAAACACCAUCAGAACCAGAAACAAACGGCUAUAGGCGGCAGGAAGGUAGUGAAUGUGCUGACGACGAACGACUUAUACCAGAAAAUGGUUCACCUAUAAACAAUUCGGAACAAGGGUACCACUUUGACAGAUCAGAGCUUCGCUUAGAACGUUUAAGCGGGAGUCGAGAUCUACCCACGAGAAAAUCAAUAGCGAACGGCGACUUAUUCUCAUCUCUAACCGAAAAGAAAAACGGUCCCAAAUCACCGAGGAGCCCUUCUAAAAUGUCCUUGAAAAACUUCAAACUGAGCUCUCCCACCAAAUUCAAAUUUCCAGAAUGGGGAUCAAGGACGGCUGGUUCACCCCCAGACACGGCACCACCCCCGCCCCCAAUAGCACCAUCCCUAUCAGUGGAAGAAGAAGCGGAAUUAAGAAGACCUGUAUACACAUUUGAAAAAGUGAAAACUAUACCAGAUGUAUCGUCAGACAGGAUUAUUGAAGUGACAAAUGUCAGUGUGCACUCUUUGCAAGACGAUUAUCAACUAAGUGUUAAGUUUAUUAAGUGCAGUGGUUGGUUGAACGGUGAAACUUGUGAUUAUAGUGUGGGCAAACCAGAUGACAACGAGUUUGUAAAGGCAGUGAGACAAGCGAGUAGUGAUAGUGAAAGGGAAGAUGCCAUUGAUAGGUUGAUAGCACCCUAUCAGGAUUCCUUUGCAUUGGUCGAGUUUGUUGCAGGCUGUCAGAUGGAGUAUAAGAACGGACCAGUUGUGGUUGUGGAUAAAUACGGCGGAUGGCGGGCGUUAACAUUCUGCUCGCUAAGCGCAGCAUGUGGCGGAGUACGGAACCCUAAGAUAUCGGAACCUGGCGCAGAGUUCGCUCCCGCCUGCGUGUCAGCGGAUCUCUACUGCAAUAGUGCACUCAACGCGCAUGCGCGGUGCGCUCCUCACUCCCCACAGUCCCUACACUCCCCGGGGAGUUCCCCCGCGGCGGGGGAGAGUGGGAGCGUGGACUCCCCCCGCGCCCACUCCCCCCAGGCGCUGCUGGCCGCAUACUGCGCGCUGACCGCGUACUCGAUGAAGCUACCGCCGCCUGAUAGC